AUGCGACAGCUUGAUCAAGAUUUACAAACAUUUUAGUGGGGGUCUGUGUUUUCAACACAGCAAACAGACAGUGCAACGAAGUGCUGAUAAUGGAUGUUAAGAUGUUAACCAUUCAGCUCUAGUCAGCCAAGACAGAAAGCAAACGCGCCUUCAGAGCUCUGCAAUCCCGUAUGUAACGUUAUAUCGCACAGUGUGUAAAAGCGUGCCGUGGAUCGUAGCCAUGACUUUGAGCAUGGACAUCAGCGUUUCCUUUCUCAAGUGCGAACUCGCAUCUACUAUUGAUCAAGCGGUAAGAUGCGCCGUGGAGACGGUUUUAAGAGAAACGGCGCGUGUUGUCGGAGUAAAGCUGGCCGCGGCUCGUAAUGCAGCCGCGGAGUCGCACCGGGAGAACCAGAGCCUGCGGGAGAGACUGGAGAUCUCCGAGAGCGAGCUCAAAGCAGUACGCUACUACAUGACCGCGGCCGAGAAGAACAUUAAACAGUGUUUACUCAUCAACAGAAACCAGCCCGGGUCAAACAGCGAGCGGCCGAGCGCAGAGGACGCAGUGUUCGUGUUUCCCUCACGCGUCGCGGACGAAAACCCCACAACACCCGCGCAGAGCAGAGAUUCCUCCCGCAAGACUUUUCGCAGCUCACCGGGGAGAAUCCACAGUCUUAAAAAUGUUCCCAGUGUGGGGCUUUGUCUGCCCACAGUGCAGUCAGUCUGGCCUCGUGACUGUGUGAACCGCAGGAAAGCACGAGGCUCUUCAGUAGGGAACAGCUCAGCCCUCACGAGUGACCCUGCAAACACACAAACUCUUCUGGACAACACUGCUGCCCUCUUCAAACCGCAAGAGGACACAGAGGGCCCGUUUUACAUCACCAACGAGGGCGGAAAAGACCACAGUUCUGCAGUGCCAGACACAGAGAGAGGACAUGAGGAUCCAGAAUCUCCAGGCCCUUCCACAAACCCAGCAGAGGACCCGUCGGACAUGUCAAAGUUUGAGUUUGAAAUGAGCACGCCUGCUGGCAAUGUUAAUGAGCUGGAGCUCAUACAGGUGAUGGAAGACUCUGAUGUCAAACAAGGCACCAUUAAAAUCGAAGACGAUCCUGAUUCACUUACAUUAGAGCCUCCUUCAUCCAAUUUAGCUUUAGCAUCUUCAGCCAACUCCAUCCAAGAGUUACCGCAGAUCUCCUCUCCUCCCGUGCCUGAGAGUGAUGGAGAUGCUUUGCUGGCCUUGGCUCCAACUGCGGGCAGCGACUCUGGUUUCAGCAGGACUGUUGAGAGCCCUGAUAAAGUACAUCGCUGCAACAUUUGUGGCCGAGGGUUUAGGCGUUUCUACUGCCUGAAAACACACCAGCGCAUACACACAGGGGAGCGUCCGUAUCCGUGCAGAUACUGUGAGAAGCGUUUCCGCCAUCUGGACAGCUUGCACAAGCACCAGCGCAUUCACACGGGCGAGAGACCGUACCGCUGCGCUGAGUGUGGAUGCUGCUUCAGAGAACUUGGACAACUCAAAAAACACAGACUCAAACACUCACCCACAUUCGUUCCUGUGGCCAAUCCCACCUUCCCGCUCCUCCCAGCCGGGCCCUCCUACGUGUGGCCACAUCUUAACACACAGUCUUUGGAUUCAGUCUAGGCUUUACAUGUUUAAACACAGUAAUUGUGGACACUUUGUGUAUGAUGUUAUGACGGCAUUGAAUUACUUUAUUAACUUACUGUUUUAAAAGAAAACCAAACAUGUUCUCUUAAAGAUAUAGUUGGAUAGUUCACCCUAAAAUGAAAAUUGUCAUCAUUUACUCACCUUCCAUCUAUUCUAUGCUAUUUGAGUUUUUUUUUUCUGCUGUGAGUGUAAAUGGCUGCCAUUCUAUCUUCUUUUUUGUCCAGUAGAAAAAAGAAACUUGUUAAGAUUUAGAACCACCUGAGGGUGAGUAAAUUUGUAUUUGUUGGGUUUCCGCUGUCACAAUAAUGGCAAGUUUAAUAACUUUUUAAAUAAGAAAUAGAACCUGGAUUGUGUACGUACAAUAAAAGUGUGUAAAAUAAACAGAUUUAUUUGCCAAAUAACGCU